CAUGGCCGCUCAGACCAGGCGGCUAAGGAGCUCCGCGCUGCGCUCUGCAGGGAACGGGCCCGCCCCCCUGUGUGCGCAGGCGCGCGCCGCACCGGGCUCCCACGGUCACUUGGCGCGGGCUGCGCUCGCUAGCCUUGCAGGAUUCCCUGGAAACACAGAUUUCAGUGUAGGUUUAUGGGAGUAGCCUUGUGAAGCCAGCAAGAUGGAACAGAGAUGGUAAAAUGCUGGUAGAAUCUCAACAGAGGCCUCAGCCUGUGGAGCAGCACGCCCUAACCCUGAGACGACCCUGCAGAGAUGCCUUGAAUGAAGGUAAAGGGGUGGGGCUUUUAUAGCCCUCUGUCAUCUGGUCAUCUAGAGCUGAUUUGGGGAGAGAACAUUUGAAUGAGAGUCCCCUGGCCAAUCCCGGAGAACCUGAGGCUGGUGGCUGAUGGUUAUCUCCAUUAGUCUCCAGAAGGGGGCCUCCUCUGACUCCCCUCCCCCUCACUGCAGGCUUUCUUCACACUGGCACUGGAUCUCCGUUGCCCUCCCAACCUGCAAUUGUUUUGGUGCUCCAAGGCUCCACUCUUUUCUCUGCAUUCCCUUCUAUGUCUUAAAUAUCAUCUGUGUACAACAACUUUCAAGUAUGUCUCCAGCUCCCACCCCCUCCUUUUGUCUUUAAAGUAUAAGCCUCAUGAGAGCUCUCUGUCUUGGUAGCACCAGUGUCCCCAGAGCAUAGAGCAGUGCUGGCACUUCAUUGGUUCUCCAGGACUUGCUGAGAGCAGACAGCAAGCCCUGUCGGAAGGGGCAUCUUCAGCUGCUUCUCUGAGACACCUGCCACAUGGGACUGGUUUUUGAAAGAGUUCUUUGAAUAAGCAGCCACUCUUCAUGAUCGUCAGUAUUUUAAAUCAAAGAUUUAUUCUAUUUAAAAUCACUAAAAAUGGUACAAAGGCAUGGGUGGAGAAGUGGCUCAGGGUUAGGAGCACCUGUUGCUCUUGCAGAGGACCCAGGUUCAGUUCCCAGCACCCACACAGUGUCUGACAACCAUCGGGAGCUCCAGUUUCAGGGGCAUCAGAAGCCUUCUUCUGGUCCCAGCAGGUACUGCAUGCCCGUGGUGCCCAGUCAUACAUUCCAGUAAGAGCAACUGUACACAUAAAAUAAAAGUAAAUACUUCUAAGUGGUAUAAACACUUAAGCUGUGAAAAGCAAAGUAAAUUGGAUUGAAAUUUGGGGGAUUCUGAAUUAUAAAUUCAUCUUGUUUGGGUUGAAUGCUUCUUUAAUUAGGCCACAUAUCUGACCUUAUCUGUUUAUACCAUGGCUUUAAACUUGCAAUGAUAGACAUCUGUAAUAUAUUCCAUUUUAGGGAGGAAACUCUUGGAAAUAAAUGAGCACACAAGAACAGCAAGGGGGCGGAGGGUAGGCACAAGACAGCAGCCAUUGCAACCUGAUUUUGCAAGUGGGCAGUGUCCAUGGUAUUGGCUAGAAGCUGCCAACCAACCUGAGUGUCUGUCUAAAGGGAGAGGAGUUCUGUUUGUCAAAGACUUGCUGGUUUCUCUACCUGAUAGCCAGCAUUCACCAGAGCCCCUUCAGACUCUUCUGGAUGGAGGGGCACACAGAAAUGGAGAUACUAAGGACACUGAAGGGAUCUUCCACAGGGGAGGUCAGUGUGCACCUGGUGGCCAGAGACAGCGCAGGUUCCCGUCCUCCCCUGCCUGCAACUGCCUUUGUUAUUCCUACCAAUGCAGCUACCCUUGGUCUGCCCAGCACAGCCCUGGAUGUGUCCUAUCCCAGGGAGCCAGUCCAUGUGGGCACCCUGGAGCGGGUGACUAGCACCAGCGAACCAGUUACUGCCACCAUUCUGCCACAGCUAAGCACCGGGCCGGGGACCAAUAGCACGGUCAGGCUUCUGGAUUGGACAGGGGUUUCCACACCUUCAGCCGGGAGUGGCCUACGGUUCCGGAUAAGCGAGUACGCGCCACUGAAUAUGAUGGGAAUAGAACGACCACCAUGCCCGGAACGACAGCAAGAAGGGCUGGUCAGACAUGAAGGUGGCCCUACUGGAGGCGAUAUGGACACCCAGCGCCCUGAAGAUGUCCACCGGAACCCUCAAGAAGUCACCUCUCAGGAACCCCCAAAGGACGCGAGCUCCUGCGAGUGCCAGACUUGUGGGCCUCAACAAGGCACUGCCCCAGACCUGGGUUCUUCAGGCGACCACUGCCCUCCGCCUUUUCAGAAGCGGUCAGUCAUAGUAGAGAACUCAGGCUGUACUAUCGCUUCUGAGCUCCUAAAACCCAUGAAGAAGAGGAAACAUAGGGAGUACCAGAGCCCAUCAGAGGAGUCGGAGCCAGAGGCCAUGAAGCAAGGAGAAGGAAAAGAUCCAGAGGGACAGCCUACUGCCAACACCCCAGAGAGCGAAGAUUGGAGCAGGAGCCAGCUGGUGUCGGGUGAGAAGAAGGAAGGCUGGUCCUGGGAGUCCUACUUGGAGGAGCAGAAGGCUGUCACUGCCCCAGUCAGCCUCUUCCUGGACUCCCAGGCAGUCACCCAUCACAAGAAUGGCUUCAAACUGGGCAUGAAGCUGGAAGGCAUUGACCCUCAACACCCGUCCAUGUACUUCAUCCUCACCGUGGCUGAGGUGUGUGGCUACCGGCUGCGCCUGCACUUUGAUGGGUAUUCUGAGUGCCAUGACUUCUGGGUCAAUGCCAACUCCCCUGACAUUCAUCCUGCUGGCUGGUUUGAGAAGACUGGACACAAGCUGCAGCCUCCCAAAGGUUGCAAGGCAGAAGAGUUCAGCUGGAGCCAGUACCUGCGCAGCACCAGAGCUCAGGCAGCCCCCAAGCAUCUGUUUGCAAGCCAAGGCCACAGCUCUCCACCUGUGGGCUUCCAGGUGGGCAUGAAGCUGGAGGCUGUGGACCGCAUGAACCCGUCCCUCGUCUGUGUGGCCAGUGUGACGGAUGUGGUGGACGGCCGCUUCCUGGUGCACUUUGACAACUGGGAUGACACUUAUGACUACUGGUGUGAUCCCAGCAGCCCCUACAUCCACCCGGUAGGCUGGUGCCAGAAGCAAGGAAAGCCCCUGACCCCUCCACAAGACUAUCCAGACCCUGAUAGCUUCUGCUGGGAGAAAUAUCUAGAAGAAACUGGGACCUCAGCUGUACCUACUUGGGCCUUCAAAGUGAGACCCCCUCACAGCUUCUUGGUCAACAUGAAGCUGGAGGCUGUAGACCGCAGGAACCCAGCACUGAUUCGGGUAGCCAGCGUGGAAGAUGUGGAGGACCAUCGGAUAAAGCUCCACUUUGAUGGCUGGAGUCACAGCUAUGACUUCUGGAUUGAUGCCGACCACCCGGACAUCCACCCCGCAGGCUGGUGCUCCAAGACAGGACAUCCCCUGGAGCCUCCUCUCCGACCCAGAGAAUCCAGCUCUGUCUCACCUGGGGGCUGCCCCCCUCUCAGCCACAGGAGCCCGCCCCACACAAGGCCCUCCAAAUACAGCUUUCACCAGCGGAAGUGCCCCACUCCUGGCUGUGACGGCUCCGGCCAUGUCACAGGCAAGUUCACAGCUCACCAUUGCCUCUCUGGCUGCCCGCUGGCCGAGAGGAACCAAAGCCGGCUGAAAGCAGAUCUGUCCGACUCGGAGACCGCAGCCAGGAAGAAGAACCUGCCUAAUUUGUCCCCAAGGAAGAAGCCCCGCCAUCAUGGCCGGAUUGGACGCCCUCCAAAGUAUCACAAGAGUCCACAAGAAGAUUUCCAAGCCCUUCCCCCCAGUGUGGUGCACCAGUCCCUCUUCAUGUCCACCUUGUCAACCCACCCCGACCGCUCAUUCUCCGUGUGCUGGGAGCAGCAUUGCAAGCUCUUGCCAGGAGUGGCGGGCAUCUCGGCCUCCACGGUCUCCAAGUGGACCAUUGAAGAGGUCUUUGGCUUCGUUCAGACCUUGACGGGCUCCGAAGACCAAGCACGCCUCUUCAAAGAUGAGAUGAUUGACGGCGAGGCCUUCCUUUUGCUGACACAGGCGGACAUUGUGAAGAUCAUGAGUGUCAAGCUGGGCCCAGCCUUGAAGAUCUAUAACGCCAUUCUCAUGUUCAAAAACACUGACGACACCUUUAAGUGACUGUCCAGGUGGGCCCUCCUCCCACCCUGGCCGGGCUCCCUCCUCAGACGGUGCUCCUUUCCUGCACCCCUGUCCUCGGUCUGACUAGGCCUGGCCCUUCCCAGAAGGUAUGUGGGAGCAGAGGAGCCUGGGCAAGGGAGUCUAGGCCCUCAGUCCUGGAGUCCAUUUGUCUCCGGUUUGCCCCAGUGAGGGUGUGACGGAACGGAGGCCUGAUGACAGAAAGGAAUGCAGGCAUCCUGGCUAGGACAGCCUGCGUCUUCAACCACCUUGGUUCUUAGGAGUUAGGAGGAUCUGGGUCCAGUAGGCCUCCUCUGCUCAGACCUGGGUCCUUUGGGGCAUCUCUUUGUGCUUUCUUCUCGGCCCCUCUCCUCCUACAAAGAGGUGACCAUGACUUUGGCAUACUUAUUUAUACAUAAAAGGUGCCUCCUCCCUUUCCACUGUUGGCUGUGUGUGUACCCUUCCUCUGCUGCCCGGUUCUUGGGCAGCCCCCGUCAUGGUCCAGCCAGACCCCGUGGCUCUUCUCCUGUAGAUGAGUAAGUCUCGGAAAUAUGAGAGCGUCCCACUGGGAGCCUCUGGCUGUCUUUCCCCUUUUGCCUCUAGGCGGAGAUCCUGAGCUAAGGCACCUACCUUCCUGAACAGUUGAGGACCACUCAGCAGUGGGGUGGCCAGUUCCAGGGCUUAGUUCCAGCAGAGGGAACAGAUAGUUGGAGUUUAUGUUAAAACAAAUGGAGCCCUGAUGCUGCCUACACACCAGCAGAUACAGUCUGCUGCGUGUCGGGAAGAGGCAGUCUGGGCUGAUAGGCCGUCGGGCUAGGAUGGCAGGCACACUGCAGUCUUUGGCCUGAGGGGUGGCUAGCUCCAGACAGCAUGGUGGCGGCAGCAUCCUAGCUGUGUCUGUGGCUCCCAGCCAAGAUAUUACACAUGCCAGAGAGGCCCCUGCCAGUCCAGCCUCCUGCCCGGAGAGUGUAACACUGUGUAGCACCCAACCCCUGUGACAUCACAUUCACCCUGUCCCUUAAACGUUUCUCAUUUUGCCCUGGAGUCUAACAAAGACCACCUACAGUAGCGAGUUGGAAGGGUUCCUCUCCUGUCUUUGAACUCUCUGGUCUCGUAUGCCCUUCUUGCCACUCUCCAACUGUCUCUCACUGCCAACUGGGUCCCUGCUGGGCCUCUGGGACUUAGACCUUUCUGUCCCAGUGGGAGUUCAGUCUCCACUCAAUUACUGCCAAACACGCCUCCCAGCCAAAGUGGGGAGCACCAGAGCCCAGCAGGAGCCACUCCGCCCAUACGUGGAAGCCAGUGCCAAGCUUCAUCUGGUGCUGAGGUGGGCCUGCAGACUGAAGAGCAGGGUCAUCUCCCAGUCCAGUACACUUGUAAGUCAUGUGGGGUAUGUGUGUGAGUAUGUGUGUGUGUGUACGUACAUGUUGGUCACUCAGCAGUUUCUGUCAGGUGCAGGGAUGAGGUACAGUGUUGGGAAUAUUAAGGGCUAUUGUUAAGCUAUGAAGCUUUAUUCUUUCCUCAGAAGUGAGAAACCAAAAGUUCUGUUGAUUUCCUGUUUCAGCCCUUUGGGGACCUCCCCUCCCUAGUCCAGACAGCUUCUGGGAGGUAGCUAUUUAACAUCCAGUUGGCGUGGACAGAGCCUCAGGUUGCCUUUCCCUUUCAGCCCUCAAGGGUAACUCUGAGCAGAACCUUUCUGGGAUGACACCGGGCAAGAGCAGCCAAGGGGGAGGGAGGGUUAGGUUGACAGAUGUGACAUCGUUGCCCCUUUGCUGGAAGUCUGCUGUCUCAGCUGUCCGGGUUGCUGUGGAACCUGCCACCUUCUGGUCUUCAGUCCGUGGUGUCACUGAGCAGUCUGAGAAGGCAGCACAUGUUCUGUGUUCCUGACUGGGGCUGUGAGACCACACGGCUCCCAAGGAGGGGGACGACAGCCUUUGCCAUGCAGCUCUGCCGGUAACAGAUGCCUGUGGGAAAGGCCAGAUGGACUAACGGCCUUGGAGAAGAGGAUUCGCAGGCCUCCCGACUCUGAGGCCUCAGCUCUUCUGUACUAAUGUCAGACUCUUUGGAAAGAAAGCAAAUCCUAAAGAAGUCCAAAGAAAUCUGCCUUCUGACCAUUCCACUACCCGCUGGGUCCCCAGAUGAGACCGUUGCACCUUGACCCCGGAGCACAGGAGGAGAGGGAGUGGGUGGCUGUUUCUGGCACCCUGUGCAACAUGAACCACUUACACUUUGUCCCCAGCAGGCUUGUCCAGCCUCGGCCCAGCCCUGGCCUGAGACAGGGAUGAACUCUCUGUUCAAUUUCUAAGACAGAGAGAAUGGUUCCAGAGUUUGAAAAUGAAGCCUGCUUCCACCUUCGUUUACAUACACUGUGAUGGAGUUACAUUUUUGUUCUUGUGUGUGUGUGUCUGUAUGUGUCUGUGUGUGUCUAUGUGUGUCUAUGUGUGUCUGUGCGUGCGUGCGUGCAUUCUUAAAAAAAAUCCUCUGGUUUAAACUAAAGUGACUCUUGAGGGAGGAAACAUUACAAAGAAAAUGCAGUAUGAUUUGUCUGUGUAUUGUAACAACACAAAUAAAUUCAAAUCAUUGAACAGUC